GAAAAUAUUCUGCAUCCCACUUUGAACAGUGGCGCCUGGGGCCUUAAACGCUAGCAAGCAGCCAUCUAAGGUGCAUCAAUUGGUCUCAGCCCACCUGGAUCAAAGGAGAAUGAAGAACACCAAGGACACAAGGCGAUUACGAGCCCAAGAGACAGAAAGGGCCACAUGAACCAGAGACUACAUCAUCCUGAGACCAGAAGAACUCGAUGGUGCCCGGCUACAACCGAUGACUGCCCUGACAGGGAACACAGCACAGAACCCCUAAGGGAGCAGGAUCAGUUUGACAACUUAGAAAAACACACACAGUGGGGAAUUGAUAUUCUUGAGAAAUACAUCAAAUUUGUAAAGGAGAGGACAGAGAUUGAACUCAGCUAUGCAAAGCAACUCAGGAAUCUUUCCAAGAGAUACCAACCUAAAAAGAACUCAAAGGAGGAAGAAGAAUACAAGUAUACAUCAUGUAAAGCUUUCCUUUCCACCCUGAAUGAAAUGAACGACUACGCUGGACAGCAUGAAGUUAUCUCCGAGAACAUGACCUCACAGAUCACUGUGGAGUUAGCACGCUACGUCCAAGAACUGAAGCAGGAGAGGAAAUCGCAUUUUCAUGAAGGGCGUAAGGCACAGCAGCACAUAGAGACUUGCUGGAAGCAACUUGAAUCAAGUAAAAGACGAUUUGAGCGGGAUUGCAAAGAGGCUGACCGAGCACAACAGUAUUUUGAGAAAAUGGAUGCUGACAUAAAUGUUACAAAAGCAGAUGUUGAAAAGGCACGACAACAAGCUCAAAUACGUCACCAAAUGGCAGAAGACAGCAAAGCAGAUUACUCAUCAGUUCUGCAGAAAUUCAACCAUGAGCAGCAUGAGUAUUACCAUACACACAUACCCAACAUCUUUCAAAAAAUACAAGAGAUGGAGGAAAGGAGGAUAGUAAGAAUUGGAGAAUCAAUGAAGACAUAUGCAGAAGUUGAUCGGCAGGUGAUACCAAUUAUUGGCAAGUGCUUGGAUGAAAUAGUAAAGGCAGCUGAAUCAACCGAUCAGAAAAAUGAUUCACAGCUGGUGAUAGAAGCUUAUAAGUCAGGGUUUGAGCCUCCCGGAGACAUCGAAUUUGAGGAUUACACUCAGCCAAUGAAGCGCACCGUGUCUGAUAACAGCCUUUCCAAUUCCAGAGGAGAAGGCAAACAAGAGCACAAACCUGGUGGCAAGUCCAAAGGAAAGUUAUGGCCGUUCAUCAAAAAAAAUAAGCUUAUGUCCCUUUUAACAUCCCCCCAUCAGCCUCCCCCACCUCCCCCUGCCUCUGCCUCACCCUCUGCUGUUCCCAACGGCCCCCAGUCUCCCAAGCAGCAAAAGGAACCCCUCUCCCAUCGCUUCAACGAGUUCAUGACCUCCAAACCCAAAAUCCACUGCUUCAGGAGCCUAAAGCGUGGGGGCGCAACACCAGAGGAUUUCAGCAACCUGCCACCUGAACAGAGAAGGAAAAAGCUACAACAGAAAGUCGAUGAAUUAAAUAAAGAAAUCCAAAAGGAGAUGGACCAAAGAGAUGCCAUAACAAAAAUGAAAGAUGUCUACAUAAAGAAUCCACAAAUGGGAGACCCAGCCAGUUUGGAUCACAAAUUAACGGAAGUUGGCCAAAAUAUAGAAAAACUGCGACUAGAAGUCCAGAAAUUUGAGGCCUGGCUGGCUGAGGUUGAAGGCAGGCUCUCAGCACGAAAUGAACAGAUCCGCCGACAGAGUGGAGUGUAUGAUGCCCAAAACCCACCAUCAGUCAAUAACUGUGCUCAAGACCGGGAGAGCCCAGAUGGCAGUUACACAGAGGAGCAAAGUCAGGAGAGUGAGGUGAAGGUGCUGGCCACAGAUUUCGAUGACGAAUUUGAUGAUGAGGAGCCACUUCCUGCCAUAGGGACUUGUAAAGCUCUCUACACGUUUGAAGGUCAGAAUGAAGGAACCAUUUCGGUAGUUGAAGGCGAAACAUUGUAUAUUAUAGAGGAAGACAAAGGUGAUGGUUGGACCCGCAUUCGGAGAAAUGAAGAUGAAGAGGGUUAUGUUCCCACUUCAUACGUCGAAGUCUAUUUGGACAAAAAUGCCAAAGGUGCUAAGACUUACAUUUAAUACCACUUAAAAAAAAAAACUUAAAAAAAAAAAAAAUGGAGUUAUUUCUCCCCACAACCAUGACUGUUACAGGCAGCUCUUCAAAAGACUGGAUGGAGCACAUCGCAGUCCAUGUUUUCAUAUAGCCACACGGUGGACGUUUAGGGAUCGUACACCUGAAUUUCCUUGGCUUAUUUUGACUAUAAUCAAGUUUCACUUGCUAAGAUGGACUUUUAUGUAGAAAGCUGCCAACUGCCAAUUUACAUCUGUGUCAUUUGAAAUAUGAUAAACAUUUCUUCUUUUGGCAGUUUCUCUAGAUUAAAAAAAAAAAGGGGUUGCAUUCUAGCUUCUAAUCAAUUCUCUGAACUUAAAAGUCCAUACACAUCUGGGGCGGGGGGUGCAGAAGACUUCAGCUCUCUUAUUUAUAUUUAGUAUCCACCAUAAAUGGAACUACAUUAGAAUGUUACAGUUUGUAACUUAAUAAACUAAACUAUGCUAGUUUGUUAAAUUUUACAUUUACUUUAGAGGAAGCCAUAAAUAAAAUCUCCCCUUUCUUGAGUAAAGACAAAACCUGUUGCUGUGGAGUUGACUCCAACUCAUGGCGACCCCAUGUGUGUCAGAGUGAAACUGCUCCAUAGGGUUUUCAAAGGCUGAUUUUUCAGAAGUAGUCUGCCAGGCCUUUCUUCUGAGGCGCCUCUGGGUGGACUUGAACCGCCAACCUUUAGAUUAGCAGCUAAGCACAUUUACCAUUUGCAGCACCCAGGAACUCCUCAAUAAAGAAGAAAAUUCUUAUAGUGGUACUAAAAAUGUUCUACUUAAACAUGGUUAAAAUCAUUGUUAGGUUAUCCUAUUCUGUGCAUAUGAUCCCAAAGAAUCAAUUGAAAUCUGAAAAAUAUGAUCAAUUAACCAGUUGAGUUUUCCAGAUGACUAUUUAUCUUCCCUCCACCAAACUGACCCAGUUGAUCAGAUGUGUCAAUGCCAUUUAGAUAAGCUUACAUAAAACCUGUGCAUGUCCACUUCAGUUCCCUUUCUUUGUAAUAAUUUUCUCAAACUUAGUUCUGUUUCUAUUGGAGGUUUGUGGCAGGUGGGGCUGUGUUCAGCUCACACAUCACCAGAUGGUCUAUAAAUAGAACCAAGUUGGGGAGCAACUACUUGUACAGACACUGAUCUCAGCACAUCACUUUUCAAAGUUGGGGGCGGUUAGUAAUUGGGAUGUUGAGGACUCUGAGCUUGAAUUUACUGGUAAUUGUUGUAAGCAGCAAACGUAACAUCUCAUUUUGGAAAAUUAUGUGAUUAACUUUAGCCAGAAUAAAAUAAAAUUUCUCAUUCUCUUUAAAGAAACCUGGGCCACCUGGGAAUUUGCAUUCUUAAAUUGGCACUGAAGCAGAAGGAUAAUAGACAGUGAAAUUGGUCACAUGCGUAGACAGGUACCCCCCAAAAAACCCAAACCCAUUGCCAUCGAGUUGAUUCUGACUCAUGGCAACCCUGUAAGACAAAGUAGAACUGUCCCAUAGAGUUAGACAGGUCCCCAGCCCAGUGUUAAAUUGUGCCCAGUAAUGAGACUCUACACUGAGAUCAUAGAAAACUGGCUGUAAAUGGGUCAGAACGAAGCCGUUGGGUUAGACUUUCUUUUUACUUGACUUUGAAAAUUAUUUAUUUAUGACCUUUCUACUUUUAAAUGGGAAAAUUGCCUUCUUGCCUUUAUAUUAUUGGCUCAUUUUAUAAGUGCAAGUCAAUUAAAAGCUGAUUUUAAAAGCUACAGCAUCACAUCUCGGGAUAGAAACUGGCAAGAGUUACGGGUGCUGGUUGCUCUGGAUGGCCUGUGUUUCAAGAGGAGCAGCGAGUUGCCUUAAAUUUCCCAAGGGCCACCAAAAUGGAAUAUAGUAACCUUCACUUAACAACAGCCUGACUGAAAACAAAAACAAACAAGGAAAUAAAAAGCCUUUUAAUUUUGAAAUAAUUAUGGGUUCUCAGUUGCAAAGAUAAACAGAGAGAUCCCACAAACCCUUCAACUAGUUCUUCCCAAUGGUUAGGGCUACAUCUUACACAGAGUAUACUAUCAAAACCAGGAAAUCGAUGCUGGUCAGGCUGAUUUUUUUUUUUUUUUUUAAUCUAUCUCCCUGUCUAUCUAAAUGUAAAAUUUUUAUCUUAUUUUGAAUUAUUAUGCCUCUGCUGACGUAAUAAAAGUACUCAUCCUGCCCCCAGACCUCUUCAGGGCAGUUGCUUCAGUUCUCCUUUUUAAGUAUCAAAGCAAGAAAACCAGCUGACCAAGGAAAUUUGUUUUAAUGAGCAGUAUAUUUUAUAGGAGGUUACCAAGGAGCCCUGGUGGCACAGUGGUUGAAGCAUUCGGCUGCUAACCAAAAGGUCCGCAGUUGCACUCACCAGCCGUUCUGCAGGAGAAAGAUGGGCAGUCUGCUUCUGUAAAAGAUGUACAGCCUUGGAAGCCCUGUGGGGGGCAGUUCUACUCUAUCCUGUAGGGUUGCUAUGAGUUGGAAUUGACUUGACGGCAGUGGGUUUGGUUUUUGUUGCUUUAGGAGGUUACCGGCUUUAGGCAUGUAACCAAAUGAAUGGGAGACCUAAGAUGUUAAAAUCUAUCCGAUGAUGAACUAAUUUCUAGACUGUUAGCUAUUGGAAAAAGCAAGCUAAAUGCUGAAAAAGGCUAAAACAGAGCAAGACAACAUUAGCCUUGAAAAGCCUGCCUUGAAAAGUAUAGUAUUUUGUGAAGGUGUUUUUUUUUUGUUUCUUUGUAGUUGUGCAGAUUUGAUUGAGAAAAUAGCUCCAUUGGUUUGCGUAGGGCAGGGGGAGGGGAGCAGUUUGUGUGCAUCCGUUUAUGAUCAUUAUUUUAAGUGAUGCACCUCCGCACCUGUAACAGAGGAAUAUAUGUAAUAUUGGCUAAACAGUUCAAGAUAUUUUGUAGUUUCAGUUCCUCCAGUCAAUGUGUAAAGUAUCAGAAAAAGCACUGAAACAAUUUCCAAACCAUCAGGAAUUUACAUUUCCAUCCAAAGCGGUUUGUUUUCUUCCAACAAUUCUCUGCAAAAAUAAAAGCAGCAAAACCUCAGGUGGUUUAUAAAGUUUUCUUCCUUUCGUUUAGAGAUGCACUGACUGAUUAAAAUUUCCUCCCCACCUUGUUUAUAAAUCUGUCAGACCUUACCCCAAGCAACACCCUUCGGGUGAGGCUGCCGCUUUCUGGUGCCCAUAACUCAAAGCAGGUGUUUUAUUUUAAAUAAUGCCAGUGCACUUUUUUGGUGUGGUGUCUUAAGAUGUGGUUAUUUAAUAAUUGCCAAAAUAUUUAGACUAAUUUUCAAUGGGUCAACUGGAUUGUGACUUCUUUUUUUGUGGUUUUGUUUUUGUGUUUUCAAUUGUUUUCUGUUAAAUAUAUCCGUAAUUCCCCCCACAGAGUAUAUUUGUAUAUACUGCAAAUUAAAAACUAAAAGGAUUA